AUGUGCCACUUUCAGGUCUCCUCACACUGCUGGUGGGUUCCAUUUUGUCAUAGGGUGCUGGCAGAUUACGGGCCUCCCAUUGCUGCUGCCAGGCCCGUAAUCUGCCAUGGGCCCCCGUACCGCCUCCUCAUGCUGCUGCCAGGUCCAGAGUGUCUCAUGGGUCCCUGUACGGCCUCCCAUUGCUGCUGUCUCCAUCGCCACACUCUGCCAUGUGCCACUUUCAGGUCUCCUCACACUGCUGGUGGGUUCCAUUUUGUCAUAGGGUGCUGUAUGGCCUCCCAUUGCUGCUGCCUCCACCGCCACACUGUGGCUCCACACUCUGGUUUUGGCCCCGUGACUGCCCAAAUGAGUGAAGUGUGCGGUGAUUCUAAGAUCGACGGCACUCAUCUGCAUGUCAUACUGACUGACAGUAUUAUUUCUCUUCCCCAGCAGACUCCAAGGGCUUUUAAAUUAAAGGUACAGUGUUCUGCACUAAUAUAA